AUGAUAGAGCAGCUGACGGUUGCCCUUCGCGACCUGACACAGGAGCAGCGGGGGACAGCAGUGGAGUCGGGCUGGCUGAGCAGUGCCGGGACUUGGGUGUAUCAGGUGUGGUCGCACGAGAAGCACAGCCUGGAGGUGGACAGCACUCGGGAGCCCAUCACUUCGGAGUACCUUUUGAAGGUACUCGGGGAGCUGAAGCAGUUGGCGACAUCGGAGGUCAUCUCAGCUUUCUUCUCCAAUCGUCCCAUGACGGAGCACAUGCAAGGACACAUGAUAGUGUUUCAGUUGGAUGUGACGUUCCGCAAGCCGGUGGCACAUCGCUUCUACGAGCUCCUGGAGACGAUGCAAGGCCAGGCGUCCAUGCAACUGUGCGGCCUUCAGCUGCGCAAGGAGGGCUUUCGGAGAUCGCCGGCAGUGCAGAAGCUGGCAGAGUUGCUUCGAUGA